GUGGGGGAAAGGAACCGGAAACUGGAUGGGGAGCUGGACCAGGCUGGAGUGCAAUGGCGCGAUCUCAGCUCACUGCAGCCUCCGCCUCCUGGGUUCAAGCGAUUCUCCUGCCUCAGCCUCCCGAAUUAUGAGCUUACGGAAAGCCUGGCCUACAUUUUACUCUUUUUGGAUUUCUUCCUCAUCAAGAGACUGCUGCAGUGCCUGUCAUGCUAGGGUGAGAAAAUAGGUUUAUCAAGCUGUUGUGUCAACCUUGAGUUCUCAUCUUGGAGAAGUCACUCCUGACCCAGGCAGAAAGUUGAGAGGAAGGAAUGACAAUGGUCCUUGUCGCAUGGGAGGCACACAUAUGAUGGGCACAGACCCAGAGUCUGGAAAACAAGCAGAGUGCAAAGUGGGCAGCUAAGCCUUGAGUGAACUCAGGAUAUAGAAGUGGAGAAGGAUCCAUCAGGAGUGCCUCCUUGGUAAAAGGUGACAGCGGCAUGGACAUAUGCCCCAGGCUUUCCUGCUGGGGUCCAUCCAUGAGCCUGCAGGUGCCCUGAUGGAGCCCCAGCCCUGCCCUGGAAGCUUGGCUGAGAGCUUCCUGGAGGAGGAGCUUCGGCUCAAUGCUGAGCUGAGCCAGCUGCAGUUUUCGGAGCCUGUGGGCAUCAUCUACAAUCCCGUGGAGUAUGCAUGGGAGCCACAUCGCAACUACGUGACUCGCUACUGCCAGGGCCCCAAGGAAGUACUCUUCCUGGGCAUGAACCCUGGACCUUUUGGCAUGGCCCAGACUGGGGUGCCCUUUGGGGAAGUAAGCAUGGUCCGGGACUGGUUGGGCAUUGUGGGGCCUGUGCUGACCCCUCCCCAAGAGCAUCCUAAACGACCAGUGCUGGGACUGGAGUGCCCACAGUCAGAAGUGAGUGGUGCCCGAUUCUGGGGCUUUUUCCGGAACCUCUGUGGACAGCCUGAGGUCUUCUUCCAUCACUGUUUUGUCCACAAUCUAUGCCCUCUGCUUUUCCUGGCUCCCAGCGGGCGCAACCUUACUCCUGCUGAGCUGCCUGCCAAGCAGCGAGAACAGCUUCUUGGGAUCUGUGAUGCAGCCCUCUGCCGGCAGGUGCAGCUACUGGGGGUGCGGCUGGUGGUGGGAGUUGGGCGACUGGCAGAGCAGCGGGCACGACGGGCUCUGGCAGGCCUGAUGCCAGAGGUCCAGGUGGAAGGGCUCCUGCAUCCCUCUCCCCGUAACCCACAGGCCAACAAGGGCUGGGAGGCAGUGGCCAAGGAAAGAUUGAAUAAGCUGGGGCUGCUGCCACUGCUGUUGAAAUGAGUGCCCUUGGGGCCUUGCAUGGGACACAUUCAAGACCUUGAAGUCAUUCUUGGCCAAGCAGAUGGCAACACAUCUCCUGGACUGGAGCAAAAGGUCCUUCUGUGCACCCUGGUCACUGGGAAACGUAUUCUUUGAUCUGUUGAACUGUCUUCCAACCUGCCAUGGCAGUUUUGACACUACUCCUGUUUGUCCUCCUGAUUCCUGCUUUCUUUACCUUUUAACAUUGCCCCUUUCAGGGGACCCCACUUUGUAGGGAAUCCGCAGAAGGUGUGCUUUUGCACUUGCAGACUGCUGUACCUCAGUGUUUCCUUGGGAGACUUUAUUCAGCUGAGAGUACCCUAAACAGUAACUUCUAAGGUCACGUUUACUAUUUCAGAGGAAAUAUCUUGCCAGGAUACCUACCCAUCCUUAUAGAACAGCUGCCUUUAGCUGACCCCUUUCCUCACAGGGACCAAGACAAAGCAUGGGACAUGAAAUUAAGAGUGAACUUCUUAUGGGAGGCUGCAGCUGGAUCAGAGGAAAAAUCCAGUGUGGCAGAGUGAAAGUCAGAAGACCUGGCUUUUCAUCCCAGCUUUGAAACUUGGAACUUUUUGAUUGACAAAUUAAUAAACCUCUCUAUGCCUCAGGCUCCUCAUCUGUAAAACAGGGAUGCCUACCUUAUGGGGUUGGUGUGAGGAUUAACUGAGAUCACACUUGAAAGUGCCUUGCAUGGGCUUGGCAUGUGGGUGCUCAUUACAUAGUCUUCUUGUUUUCUUGCCUCUGGGUUGAGGAUUCACAGCACUGCACUACAAGGGUAGCCCCUCUCCAUUCUGGAUACCUUGCUAGGAGAGAGUCUGGGCUUCCACCUGCGGCCAGGGUGAAGGGAAAAUUCUUGCCUUGUCAGAGAUGGAUCAAUGACUAUGAAAAAACUAGCCUGUGAUUUUUUUUCACUCUAAGCAUUAGGAGCUCCUAAAGCCUUUUGUCUUGUUACUUUUUUCCCCCUCUUGCAUGCCAGAGGUGGAAGGUAGUCAUUUAGAUUUCCCCCCUCUUCCCUCUUCAUUGUUGGCCAAGGGUUCUCUUGGGUAGCUGGGGGAAGGAUGUAGUAGAUCUCUCUCUCUUUUUUUUUUUUUUUGAGAUGGAGUCUCAUGCUGUUGCCCAGGCUGGAGUGCAGUGGCGUGGUCUCAGUUCACUGCAACAUCUGCCUUCCCGGUUCAAGUGAUUCUCCUGCCUCAGCCUUCUGUAUAGCUGGAAUUACAGGCAUGUGCCACCACGCCUGGCUAAUUUUUGUAUUUUUAUUAAAGACAGUGUUUCACCAUGUUAGCCAGGCUGGUCUCAAACUCCUGACUUCAAGUAAUCCACCUGUCUUGGCCUCCCAAAGUGCUGCUGCCUGGCUGGAUGUAGCAGAUCUCUAAUUGCCUUACCAAACCUGCAGGGUCUCUGUUAAGUGUCUGUUAGGGGUCUUAUAUGAUACUCUGGACACCGUGAGAAACAGGUGAUGGGGCAGAUGGGAACCUGGUAUCCAACUCAUUUUUUAUGUCUGCUGAAUGGUUGACUGGGUGCCCCUUUGGUAAGGGCUGGGAAAGUGAACCAAGUUGGGAGCAGAGCAGGUCUUGAGACCACCUUAAUGAGGAACACAUGGUCUACUUCCUAUCUCCUGGGACACAGGUCAUUUCCAGCUUCCAGAAUUAGUAAGAUUUUUCAUAUAAAUCCUCCCCUACUUCAUUGUAUAAUAAAGAAUUUGGCCUUUGUCUUCA